CCUGCACCCUCGGCGCUCGCUUCGCGGCCGCGGGGCCCGAGAUCGGAUCGAGGAAAGGGGCGAGGGCGGAGCCCAGGUGCCCGCCCGCCCGGAGGCAGGAUGAGUAUCGAGAUCCCGGCGGGGCUGACGGAGCUGCUGCAGGGCUUCACCGUGGAGGUGCUGAGGCACCAGCCCGCGGACCUGCUGGAGUUCGCGCUGCAGCACUUCACGCGCCUGCAGCAGGAGAACGAGCGCAAAGGCGCCGCACGCUUCGGCCAUGAGGGCAGGACCUGGGGGGACGCGGGCGCAGCCGCCGGGGGCGGCACCCCCAGCAAGGGGGUCAACUUCGCCGAGGAGCCCAUGCGCUCCGACUCCGAGAACGGCGAGGAGGAGGAGGAGGCCGCGGACGCAGGAGCGUUCAACGCUCCAGUAAUAAAUCGAUUCACAAGGCGUGCCUCAGUAUGUGCAGAAGCCUAUAAUCCUGAUGAAGAAGAAGAUGAUGCAGAGUCCAGGAUUAUACAUCCCAAAACUGAUGAUCAAAGAAAUAGAUUGCAAGAGGCUUGCAAAGACAUCCUGCUUUUUAAGAACCUGGAUCCGGAGCAGAUGUCUCAAGUAUUAGAUGCCAUGUUUGAAAAGUUGGUCAAAGAAGGGGAGCAUGUUAUUGAUCAAGGCGACGAUGGUGACAACUUUUAUGUAAUUGAUAGAGGAACAUUUGAUAUUUAUGUAAAAUGCGAUGGAGUGGGAAGAUGUGUUGGUAACUACGAUAAUCGUGGGAGUUUCGGCGAACUGGCCUUAAUGUACAAUACACCCAGAGCAGCUACAAUCACUGCUACCUCUCCUGGUGCUCUGUGGGGUUUGGACAGGGUAACCUUCAGGAGAAUAAUUGUGAAAAACAAUGCCAAAAAGAGAAAAAUGUAUGAAAGCUUUAUUGAGUCACUGCCAUUCCUUAAAUCUUUGGAGGUUUCUGAACGCCUGAAAGUGGUAGAUGUGAUAGGCACCAAAGUGUAUAAUGAUGGUGAACAAAUCAUUGCUCAGGGAGAUUUGGCUGAUUCCUUUUUCAUUGUAGAAUCUGGAGAAGUGAAAAUUACUAUGAAAAGAAAGGGUAAAUCAGAAGUGGAAGAGAAUGGUGCAGUAGAGAUCGCUCGAUGUUCUCGGGGGCAGUACUUUGGAGAGCUCGCCCUGGUAACUAACAAACCUCGAGCAGCUUCUGCACACGCCAUUGGGACUGUCAAAUGCUUAGCCAUGGACGUGCAAGCAUUUGAAAGGCUUCUGGGACCUUGCAUGGAAAUAAUGAAAAGGAACAUCGCCACCUAUGAAGAACAAUUAGUUGCCCUGUUUGGAACAAACAUGGAUAUUGUUGAACCCACUGCAUGAAGCAAAGUAUGAAGCAAGAAGACCUAUAGUGACAAAAUUACACAGUAGUGGUUAGUCCACUGAGAAUGUGUUUGUGUAGAUGCCAAGCAUUUUCUGUGAUUUCAGGUUUUUCCUUUUUUUACAUUUACAAUGUAUUGGUAAAUAGUAGUGAUUUAAUAGUCAAUAGGCUUUAACAUCACUUUCUAAUUAGUAGUUCAUUAAAACAACAUUGAUAAAAUGACUUUCUACUCCUCAAAAUUAUUUGACUUAAAGUUUUAUUAUAAUGAUUGUAAUAUAUUGAAAGUAUCCAUGUUUGAGAAGAUAAUUAAAAGAUACUAUCAUAGUCAAUGUGUUUGAUUUAUUCAGAUUGAUAUCAAGUUAGUGACUAUGCCCAUGUAAGAGAGAACUUGGCAAUGAAUCAUGCAACCAGCAUGGCAUCACAUUCUUUUUAUAAUUCAUUAUAUAGUAAAAUUUAAUCAUUUUCAUAAAUUCUUUUUGGCUUGAUAAGUUAUGUGUUGGCCUUGGCCUAUUGGUGAAAUGGUAUAAAACAUCAUAUGCAAUUUUAAAACUAUAUAUUUUUGCAAUAAAAUACAUUUUGACUUCUUUGGCAUAAUGUCAGUAACCUACAUAUUCCAGUGGUUUUAAGGAAUGGCAAUUUAGGUAAUAGGGAAAAGAGUCUAAGAUGAGUAAUCAUUAAUGCAUUUUUCCCUCAUUUAACAUGUAUCUUUGUUUCCUUUUUUCAUUUUGCAACUUCCUGUAUUUUUUACUUUUAAGAGUUUGAUUUUGAUGUCACAAAGUUUUUUUUUUUUAAAAAAAGCUAUUUAAACUUGUUAAAUCUGACUUUUAUCUUCUAAAAGCCUAAGAUCUUAUACUUAAAAGAAAAACCUUAGUCCUAUACCAAAAAUAUGUUGAGAACCUUAUUUACAUGCCCACAUUACAUUUCUUUAUUCUUCACUUGACCUACACGCUAUGGUCCUUUGCAUAUAUCUGCCUUCACGCAUUUCUGUUCUUCCUUGUGAUGGUUGACAUCACACAAUUGUAUUGAUCGGCAGCCAGUGAGGUUUGCCUUUUUUUACCUUAAAACCUCUCUUAGUAGGUAUAAAAUUUGUAAGCAAAACCACAUAUAACAAAAAAGAGGAGUUUUUGUUCAUACCAUAUAUAACAUCAGGCCUUGCCAUUUGUGUUAAUUUCUACUCAUAAACUUACCAGAUUUUCAUUGAUCACUGAUAUGCUUUUAUUCUGACAUAUAAAACCUAAUUAUAUUCAACCAAAGCAAUAUAAUCUUAUAUGAUUUUUAGGUUCCAUGAUCCAGUGUCUAAAAACAUUAACUCUAACCAGUAUUCACAUUUUGGGAAACAUGUAUCAAAAGAAUAUAUACCUACAUGGGUAAAAUUAUUGUGGGGCUAUUGUCCUACUAUAGGAUGUUUAUGGUCCUACUUGUAUAUGAAAACAUGGUAAGAAUUUUAAUUGGAUAAUGUAUAUAUAAGAAGUUAAAGUAUGUAACUUAUAACAUCAGCCACAUUUCAGAAUAUUGUUUUAACACUUUUGCAAAACCUUGUAGGGAAAGGGAGCUUGCUAUAUGAAGAUGACUUGUUUUCUAUUUAAGACUUUAUUUUAAAAGCCAUGUCUGUUAAACAAGCAAAAAAAGAAAAUUUCUGGCUCAUCAUUCUGUAUUCUUUAUUCACUUUUUCCAUUUAUCUCUUUUGUCGCAUAAGCUGAUUGUUAACUAUUCAUGGAACAGUAAAUAAAUGCCUGUUUAAUAAAGAACUUUGACCAAGGCUAUAAAUGCCAGUUAUGUUAUUUUCAGUAUUGUUGGUUAUAUUUAAAUUUUCCUUAUAAUAAAGCACACUUUUAUAAUAAAA